GUAUUCAUCCUCCUCAAACCGAGGCUAGGGAAGAGAGAGGACUCCUCGAUUCUUUAACGUGCUAUGGAUCUGAUUUUCCUGCAUCCCAAUAUAGCGCAGAGGGGUAACGCACUGACCCUUUAACACGUUGAAUACGGUGAUGUGAGAGCAGAGCAACUUGACUCUUAUGUUACUGAAGUAGUGUUCUGGGGGCAGAAAGGAGACCUGCUUUCCACCCCCCCCUUCCCCCAACAGGCCACACCGGCAGCAGCAGUAGCCUCUUUAGUCUUCCUGACAUGCUCUUCUCCAAUAAUCACCCUGAACUGUAGCCAAUUGUUGCAGGACUCGGCCGUGGAACGUUCCCGGGAGGAAAGCAUUGUGACGUCAGCGCACCUACUAAUCCUCCCAAUUGAGGGGGAGCCUGGAGCCAUGAGGUCAUCGCAGCGGCCGGUGUAGCUCUCCGGGCGGCGGCAGCAGUAGCGGCAGCGGCGGGGGAGGGGAUUGCAGAAAGCAGAGCAGAACGGGCAGCGGGCCCAAGCGAGGCCGACUGGGAGCCUGCUGCCGCGCUCCAGCUGUACUGAGGCGGACGCCGAGCUCCUGCAAGCAUGGAGGAGGCUGAAGCGAAGGAGCUGCAGGUCGGCUCCUGGCUACCGGUGCUGGUGGAGCAGAUGGUGAACGACACGUUGGUGGUCACCUUGAGCUGCGGGGAGAGGCGUUUCACGGGGAUUCUCCUAGACUGCACUAAAAAGUCUGGGUUGUUCUGCCUUCCACCAACUUCGCUGCCAAAACAAGAGGAACCUCCUGCUGAUGCUUGCACUAACUGGGUUCCUGAAGGCAGACAGCCAGUGAAGGGUGAGGCUGAGUCACAGCUUUCUAGUGAAAAACCUCCCAAAGGAAACAGUGAUGAACAGGUUCCUCCUCUUUUGCCACCUCCAUCUCCAGGCAGCGUUCCUCCUUACCCUCCCUAUUUUGAGGGAGCUCCUUUUCCUCCUCCCUUAUGGUUAAGAUACACAUAUAACCAAUGGAUUCCUCAGCCACCACCAAGGACUAUAAAGAGGACAAAAAGACGGUUGUCACGAAAUAGAGACCCAGGAAGGCUUAUCAUGAGUACUAUUAGACUGAGGCCCAGGCAAGUGCUCUGUGAAAAAUGUAAAAACACUCUGAACCCAGAGGAAGCAAACAAAGCCAGGCAAAAUGCUAAAACUAGGAGGAAACUAAGCAUUCAGGACAAAGAGGAAAAAAAGCACAGUGAUUCUGAUUAUAUAGAGAAAAGGAACAAAAGAGAAAAGAGAGAGGAAGACAAAUUUUCUGGGGAAUUGGUGCAUCGAACUCCAGUUAUAAAAAUAUCUUAUAGCACACCUCAAGGUAAAGGCGAAGUUGUAAAAAUUCCCUCCCGGAUUCAUGGCUCAGUUAAACCAUUUUGUUCACAGCGGAUAUUGCAGAAUGGAGGGGAGGACCAAGAGGAGAACAGAGACUCUGAACGAUGUCAGGAAACCAAAUGUUUUAUGGAUAAGUCAGCAAGCAGCCAACUUGCUUCCAUUCCAAAACUGAAGUUAACUAGGCCGGUGCAUUCCAGUGCAGAUGUUCCACCUCCAAAAAUCAGACUGAAACCCCAUCGAAUAAAUGAUGGUCAGAGUGUUUCCAUUUAUAAAGCUGAACUUAUUGAUGAGAUAAAUGUCCUUCAGAGUAGCAGGGAGUCCAAUCCUGCUGCAUUUUACACUGAUGAAUCUGCAGAUAGAAGUUUAGCAGAGAUGUCUUCAGGGAGUUCAGGUGAAGAUGACGACUUCAAAAGAUUUUCCCAAGGUAAAGAUGGACAUGAUAACUUGGCUUUUCUUAUGAAUUAUCGUAAAAGGAAGGCAGAUUCUUCCAGUUUAUCAGUGUGUAGCAAUGACAGUCUAGACGAAUCCAAAUCCUCUAGUUCAGAAGUAACAUCACCAGAAAUGUGUGACUUUUUACCUGGUGAUGAUGCGUCUGUCUCUUCAUCUUCAAAAGAUGAGCGUAAGAUUGUGCCACCAUUAACAGUUAGACUACAUACACAGAGUGUCUCUAAAUGUGUCACUGAAGAUGGAAGAACUGUUUCAGUGGGGGAUAUUGUUUGGGGUAAAAUUCAUGGUUUUCCAUGGUGGCCAGCACGUGUUCUUGACAUAAACCUUAGCCAGAAGGAAAAUGGAGAACCUUCCUGGCGAGAAGCUAAAGUAUCGUGGUUUGGUUCUCCAACAACCUCAUUCUUAUCUGUUUCAAAACUCUCUCCUUUCUCUGAAUCUUUCAAACUGAGAUUUAAUCGUAAGAAGAAAGGGAUGUAUCGGAAAGCUAUUUCAGAAGCUGCAAAGGCAGUAGAGCAUCUGACCCCAGAAAUAAGAGAUCUCUUAACACAGUUUGAAACAUAACUUUGCCUCCAGUACCAGGUAACAGAAGAUAAGAGCACAGCUGUUCUCCUAGAGUUUCAUGAAGUCUGUAAACAUCCUGACAUACUCCCCAGGAGAAUCUUGAGGUUGCCAUGCAGAUGACAGCAGGAUGAGUUUCCUUAUCACAUUGCACUGCUUAUCUGUGAAGGGUGACUGGAACCUGGACUGGAGUUAGGAGACUCUUCUGGUGUGAGGCUGACAGGAAAGUCUUAAGGAUAUCUAACCUAAAACAAGGGAAUAGACAAGUAAAACAAUAUACUAGGAGAAUAGUAAAUACCACAACUUGGAAUGUAUUUAUUACUUAAAACUAGCUACUCUUGACAAAAUCCCAAAAAUUAUUGCUGCUGCUUAUUUUACUUACAGAUUUCACACACUUGUUAAUUUUAAAGCUACAAAACUUUUAUUCUAUACUGUAUUCUGAGAAAUGUACUUGGAGCAGGACAUGCCAUAGAAAGAAAUCAGUGUAGUGUCUUAAAUACAAUGGACUCACUUUUAUGUCAAUUAAAACUUGGAAAAUGUGCAACACAAUUAUGGGGCCAUUAUUGUGCACACAUUAAAGCUCUUCAAAGAUGUUUACUGCAGAGCCGAGCUUAUCAAUUAAGAACACUACAAAUUCCAAGCAUAUAAACAAGAAAUCUGCCAUGUUAUCUCAGUUUGCCUGUGCUGCUUUGUCAUCUCUGAUCACAUACUGUACAUUCUAGAUGCAUUCACCCUAAAUGCAGUGAGGUGGAUUUUUGUCUAAUGCAGUUCAUUAAUUAAUUUAAUCUCCCAUUCACACUUUUCUGUUCAACGGGUGUUUUUGGCCCAUUGAGAAUACAUGCUGACUGAAAAGGAAAGGAUUUUUCCACACUUAAUGAUGUUGGUUUGUUACUGCAACUUGUUUCAAAUGUUGCAGGAGGAAGGGGUUAAAGCAUAUUUUAAAACCAAGUAAAUUACUGUGGCAUUUGAGAGUUUUCAGUAUCUGUAUAACUUGGAUCUGAUCUUUUUUAUUUAUUUAUAUAUAUAAAUUAAAAAACCCUAUAGUUCCAGUAUCUAAGAACAUUUUAGUAAUUUUUCUUUUUAAAAGGGCCUAAUACUGUUAAUGCAACUUGAAUGUACUAGAAUGAAAUCAGUUGAAGUGUCAUUUCAACAUUGACUAUUUUGUGCUUUUUGCUAAAAGGUCCAUGGCACCUUAGCAAAAAUUAAAAAAAACAAAACAGUUAAAUUCUGCUAAUCCAGAAAUAUUAGUGGGAAGAGACAAAUAAAAGCUUACUAUUUUUUCUUGACUCUCAUUAGUUUGUAAGGAUGUGGUGUUUCCAGUGGCCAAUAUUAAAGGGACAAUAUUUAAAAAAAAAAAAAAAAACUUAAAUCCAUUGUACACACACAUUAUGAGCACCAUUAGAUAUGAAGUAAACCUAUAUAAUAUAUCUGAAAUGGAUAAAGUUAAUUUUAAAUUUUUUUAUGCUGUUAUUC